AUGUUUUCCCGUACAAGAACCACAGCUUUGAAAUCCAACUCAUUUGCAAGAAAUUUGUUGCGUCUUUAUUCGCAGGCGCCAUUGCGUGUUCCAAUCACCUUACCAAAUGGUCUUACGUAUGAACAACCAACUGGUUUAUUCAUCAAUGGUGAAUUUGUUGCUUCUAAGCAAAAGAAGACGUUUGAUGUGAUUAACCCAUCUACCGAAGAGAAAAUCACCACCGUCUACAAGGCUAUGGAGGACGACGUCGACACUGCCGUCGCAGCUGCCAAGAAGGCUUUUGAGACCAAGUGGUCUAUUGCCGAACCUGAGGACCGUGCCAGGGCCUUAUUCAAUCUGGCUGACUUGGUUGAAAAAAACCAAGAGACAUUGGCUGCGAUUGAAUCAAUGGAUAAUGGUAAGUCACUAUUCUGCUCUCGUGGUGACGUUGCUUUAGUGUCGAAGUAUUUGCGUUCCUGUGGUGGCUGGGCUGACAAGCUAAAUGGUAACGUUAUCGAUACAGGUAAAGACCAUUUCACUUACUCAAUUAAAGAACCAUUGGGUGUUUGUGGGCAAAUUAUCCCUUGGAAUUUCCCAUUGUUGAUGUGGUCAUGGAAAAUCGGCCCUGCUUUGGCUACUGGUAAUACUGUCGUAUUGAAACCUGCCGAAACAACUCCAUUAUCAGCCCUUUUUGCUUCGCAGCUUUGUCAGGAAGCUGGUAUCCCCGCAGGUGUGGUGAAUAUACUGCCAGGCUCCGGUAGAGUUGUUGGUGAAAGGUUGAGUGCACACCCAGAUGUGAAGAAGAUUGCCUUCACUGGCUCCACUGCCACCGGUCGCCAUAUAAUGAAGGUGGCCGCUGAUACUGUCAAAAAAGUCACUUUGGAACUAGGAGGUAAAUCACCAAAUAUCGUGUUUGCUGACGCCGAUUUGGAUAAAGCUGUUAAGAAUAUUGCAUUUGGUAUAUUUUUCAACUCCGGUGAAGUCUGCUGUGCAGGUUCUAGAAUUUACAUUCAAGAUACAGUGUACGAGGAAGUCUUAAAAAAAUUGAAAGAAUACACCGAGACAUUAAAAGUUGGUGAUCCAUUCAACGAGAAAGUUUUCCAAGGUGCCCAAACAUCUGACAAACAACUACACAAGAUUCUGGAUUACGUCAAUGUGGCAAAAUCAGAGGGAGCUCGUCUUGUUACUGGGGGAGAAAGGUAUGGCGAUAAGGGCUACUUUGUCAAGCCAACGAUUUUUGCUGACGUCAAAGAGGAUAUGAGAAUUGUUAAGGAGGAAGUAUUUGGCCCUAUCGUAACCGUUUCCAAGUUCUCUACUGUUGAUGAAGUCAUUGCUAUGGCAAAUGAUUCUCAAUACGGGCUAGCUGCCGGUAUUCACACAAACGAUAUUAACAAGGCUAUCAAUGUAUCUAAUAGAGUAAAGGCUGGUACAGUUUGGGUAAAUACUUAUAACAACUUCCACCAAAAUGUUCCAUUUGGUGGAUUUGGCCAGUCAGGUAUUGGGCGUGAAAUGGGUGACGCUGCUUUGAGUAAUUACACUCAAGUGAAAUCUGUCAGAAUUGCCAUUGACAAGCCAAUUCGUUGA